AUGGCAUCAAAAUUGCCAAUCGAAAUUCUUGAAAAGGUAUUUCGAAACUUUCUACAGGUAGAAAGCACUCCCUAUAAUAGUCAGAAUAAUGAAUAUUCAACGGGAGAUUUGCACUCGUGUCUUUUGGUGAACUGGCAAUGGUGCGAGACCGUGGUUCCAUUAUUAUGGAGUGAUCCCUUCCGACAAAGUGCUUCGAUUGCAAAACAACAUGAUAAAAUUCUCGACACUCAAGGAAUACCAAAGAUGAAUAUGUAUACCCCAAAUACAAUGUACGAUUACCCAUUUUUCGCUAAGCAUAUCGACGUGGGAGCUAUGAUUUAUGUGGCGAAAACGUGGUGUGUUCGAAACAGGUUGCCAUAUCGAGAAUCAGCUAUUGUCACGGUUAUUUUGAAAUUGAUGCGACGAAAUGGGGCGACUAUUGAGCGUUUAUCGGGACCUUUUAGAUUUACUACUCGUCCGGAAUUUUUGUCGUUGUUUCAACAGAAUCCUGAACUCGAAAUGUGGAUCUCGUCGGUGAAAUCUUGUCAUAUGGUUUGGAAUGACAAUAUGAUGAUAGAUCGAAAUGUUCAAAAGCAAUAUACCAUGGCUACAUUAUCGAAUCAUUUGGAAUGCCUCGAUCUCAAUAUGAAAGGAAUCCAAACCUUUACACAAAAACGCAAUCUCGCCACAAUCGGCGCAACAAUGCGACAAUUCCACAGUCUAAACCAAUUCAUUGGACGAAGCUGUGGUGGAGACCUCAACGCAAUAGUCUCGAAUCUGAAACUUAGUGCAUCAACAUUACUCGAUAUCGAAUUUGCCGACACAAAUUUCAAAGAUUCCGCCCCGUUGAAUUCUCUCUUGAUUUUCGAUAAUCUUGAAGUUCUCACUUUUCGUAAUUGUGAUUUUUUGACGUUGAGAGUUAUGCAGCCGCUUAUGACCGUGCCUUUUUGUCAUCUUAAGCAGUUACGUCAAGUUAAUAUUCUCCAUUGUCACGAUGUUUCUGAACAUGUUCGCGAUUGGGCCGAUGAAGUUAAUCGUAGAUCAUAUUAUGCUUGUUAA